AUGCCACAUACAACCACGGACGACGGCUCGCCGACUUCUUCCAGCUCGCCAGAAUCACCGGCCGCCUCUGUGGUCGUCCAUCGGACUAGGGGUAUUAAGCGGUCCUCAGGGGUGCCACCACUGUUCAUACACUUGACCAAGCCUGUCGCUAGAUUUUCCGGCCAUUAUGAGUGCAGCAACUCGUCAUUGCCUUCACCGCGCCAUGAAGGUGGCGUUGGGCAAGAAGUCGAUGAGGGCUGGAAGACUUUGGAUAGUAUCACCGCCUUGCAGCUUGUCCUAGAUCGUGAUCGAGGAGCGUUGGCUCCGCCGACGCCAAUAUCUCCCAUGUUUACAGAAAUGGACCUCCUUGCAGUCCAGCACACAUCACAGGGAUCGCCCACCCAUCACAAGAGGCCAUUCCAGAAAUGGAUGAAUACACUACGAAAACGCGGCAUGCAACGCCUGAGGAUCGCAGAGUUGGACCCUGUCUCCCCGAAAUCGUUUCGUAACAUAGACACCGAAGUGGCCAGGUCUUACCAGCGGGGCCACCGCCGAUGCUCGUCAUCAGACUCGUCAGUCGAUUUCGUCACCGCAAUGAAAAGUCCAAGUAUAAGCCUCGCAAGCUUCACUGCCUUAGGUCUCCCACGACGAAAUGCCGGAGUCACCUCCAACAAGGCGCCCUCACGGACGGGCCGCAGCAGCAGGGCUUAUAUGUCAGGGUUAAGAACUUCUGAAGAUAGUCAGUAUCCAGCAAAGUCUCCGGCAAUGGAUCCUGCUAUCGUGGAACGCUCUCUGCAGCGCCGACGUAUUCUUAACGAGUUGAUCAGUACAGAGGAAGGCUAUAUUGCAGAUGUACGCUUUCUCAUGAAUGUCUAUGUCACCAUCCUCGCGUCUCUACCUACACAAUCUCCUGGCCUGCGAUCUUCAAUCAACAGAAACAUGACAGAGAUUGUUCAGCUUCACGAGGAGCUGCUGGAAGAACUGCGAUUGGCCAUACCCGAUUCCGAAUACGCGCAGUACGAAACUUCCACCGCCCAACCCCCAAAGUCAGGAAGACGAGGUCAUUAUCGUUGGCGAAGUCUAGACUCCGUUCCCGAAGAUAAGAGCGACGGGAUGGCGUGGCUACGGGCAAUUCCUGGGGUGAUAGCAGAUCCUCAGGUGGCUGCUGAAGUCGCCAGAAUCUUUAUCUCAAAGGCGAGUGAUAACUGCCUCUCUUCGUGCCGAACACAUGAGCAUCCCCUAUGUAUGCUGACCGAGAGCAAACAGAUGAACUCCUUUUUUAUCUACGAAGAAUACGGGGCCAAAUAUGAGCUCAUGAUUAAGGAUAUCGCAGAGGCCCGUCGAACUAUGACGGACUGGGAAAAGUACCAGAAGGGCUUGGAGGCAUUGGCUGCGUCGUUGGGGCCAGAAAAGAGUCACCGUGAAAGCUCCAAAAAGUCUCUAACCGUUUCAGAUCUACUUGUCAAGCCGAUACAACGCGUCUGCAAAUACCCUCUCCUCUUUGCGGAGCUCUUGAAGUACACUCCUGUUGUCGACUGUCCUCAGUCGCAUAUGGUGGUUGAAGAUGCCCUUUUACGUCUCAGGGAAGCCACGGCAGAGAUCAACAGGGCAACCGAUGACCCCAGGAUCAAAUGCACACUUCAAAGAACAUGGAAUCUUCAAGAUCGCCUCGUAUUUGCGGACCAGAUUCUCGAUGCAGCCUCAAAGAAUUGCAUCCGCUCCUUUGGUCACAUCCACCUCUGCGGCGCGCUACAUGUUUGCUGGCAGACGAAGGAUUCUGUGUCUGGGCAAUACUUGAUAUGCCUUCUCUAUCGAGAUUGGCUUUGUAUUGCAUCUGCAAGCAGAUUUGGACAGACUUACACAAUCCUCUUAUGUGUCUCUUUGACGGAUGUCAAGGUUGAAGACGCCGACAACGGAAGAGGGCUUCAGUGCCAUACAGCGCCGUACUCGUGGAAACUUGUUUUCCAGUGCGAUAAUGAACUGUACGAGGUGAUCAUGACUGCCUGCAGCCCUCGGGAAUAUCACGAAUGGCGUAGGCGCUUAGAACAAUUGAGCUCAGCGCACAUCUCCAGUCCUUUGAACCCAAUGUCUUUUCGAGCCCAUUCUAUGAACAUCAAGAGCUUGGGCGCAGUGUUUGGGAAACCAGGUACCGUCGCUCGACGAAUUUCGAUCCAUCGUGCAAGCACUGCCGGGCCUAAGGCGACGCUCUGCCAAGUAGUCUUGAAGAACACUACCGUUGAGAGAGAAAGUUCCGUUAUGGUCGCCACAGUAUCAGCCAAGACUCGUCUCCAUAGGUCACAGUCGCUCGUGGCGCCGCCGGAAAGUCGCGUCACUGUCCUCUCCCCUUCCAGGGGUGAUCGGUCCAGGCUGGAAGCAAUCUUGUCAGAUGUGUGGACGCGUGAGGCUCUGCCCUUUCCGGGGAUGACGGUCCGUUCACGAAGCGAGCAUCUGGUCCGCUCGAGUGCGUCUUCGGUAAUGAGGAAGCUCAGUGUAGCAAGCAUCACAAGCUCCUUUACCAAGCGGUCUGCGAGCAUUGCUAGUACGACGACUCGUGCUGGCGCCUCUGUGGCUGCCGCUUUGGACGACAGCAACAACACGGCUCUGAUUGCGACCAAGACUGCGAUUGAGAAUCACCGCGGCGCCUCGUUCUUAAGAUCUCAGAAGAGAGGCGAUUCUUCAAGCCAUCUAACGAUUGAUACAAAGAGUGUUGCUACAAUGCCUAUAGGCUCGGGCGAUGAUAGGAAUAGCAGUGAUGGGAUGGGUUCAACUGGAGUCCUCUCAGUUUCUGAUACUGCUAUUGACAAGUAUGGAAUCACUGGUGUGAGCAGGGAUCCUCGAGUGGUGAUUGGGGGGGAUAGGUCUCACGAGUCUGCUGUCCAGAUCUCAAGGCCCGAUCUUUCGAUGCUACCAUCAUCUCCAGCUAUCACGGCAUUCGAUGGAGUCGACAGCGCAUUGGCAAGCUGCCAGAACUCAGUAGUAUCGUCAAGAUCGGACAAAGCAACGGCGGCAGUCGAGGCCACGCCAAUACCCCUUGGUCAACCAGCUCUUGGGCGCUUGGACACGACGUCCGUUCGCGUCAGCAGCGAUGCUGUUCCCACGACGCCGAGCCGAAGAGGCACGGGAGAUACAGCCGGCUGUGGUAGCGAGACGCCGUCUUCUAUCAAAUCGGCGCGCCGCUGGACAAAGGGCGGAAUAAAUCGUGGCGUUAGUUUUCGGGGGCUCCGCAAUUUGUUCGCUUGA